GCCGCCGCCGCCACAUCCCGGGCCGGGCGGGCGGCGGCGCCGAGGCCUCCGGGCGGGCGGUCCUCCAUCGCUCCCCGGACGCCGGGACCUCGCGCGCCUCGCUCCCAGGCCCGCGAGGCCCGAGCCGAGCUUCGCUCCUGGGGCCGCGGAAGGGCCCGAGGACCGCGACAGGCUCCGGCUCCACGGAGGAGACAGGAGGAGCCAGGAACCUCCAAGGCAAAGCAGAUGCUGCAAGGAAAUGUGGACCAGGCCUAAGAAGGAAGAAUCACUGAAUGGCUGACAUUUGACAACAUGCACCACCAGUGGCUUCUGUUGGCCACAUGCUUUUGGGUGAUUUUCAUGUUCAUGGUGGCCAGCAAGUUCAUCACACUGACCUUUAAGGACCCUGAUGCCUACAGCGCCAAGCAGGAGUUUCUGUUCCUGACCGCCGCGCCCGACGCGGGGAGGUCGCUGAGAGAGACGCACUUCCCAGAGGAGCUGAAGCUGACCGGGAAGAUGCUGCCGGGAGGGCAGCUCAUUCAACCCUUGGUCUAUGUGCAGCGUCUGGAGCUCGUCAGAAACGUGUGCGGGGACGACACCCUGCGGAACCUCUCACACACCGCCGUCUCCAAGUUUGUCCUCGACCGGAUCUUCGUCUGCGACAAGCACAAGAUUCUCUUCUGCCAGACCCCCAAAGUAGGCAACACCCAGUGGAAGAAAGUGCUGAUCGUGCUGAACGGUGCGUGCAGCGCCCGGCGAGGAGCCUUUCCUUCCAUCGAAGAGAUCCCUGAAAGCGUGGUGCACGACCACGAGAAGAACGGCCUCCCGCGUCUCUCUUCCUUCAGCGAUGCAGAAAUUCAGAAGCGCUUGAAGACAUACUUCAAGUUUUUUAUCGUAAGAGAUCCCUUCGAGAGACUGAUUUCUGCGUUUAAGGAUAAGUUUGUUCACAACCCCCGCUUUGAGCCUUGGUACAGGCACGAGAUCGCCCCUGGCAUCAUCAGGAAGUACAGGAGGAACCGCACGGAGACCAGGGGCAUCCAGUUUGAGGACUUCGUGCGCUACCUUGGUGAUCCGAACCAUAGGUGGCUGGACCUUCAGUUUGGGGACCACAUCAUCCACUGGGUAACAUACGUGGAACUGUGCGCACCCUGCGAGAUCAAGUACAGCGUCAUCGGUCACCACGAGACCCUGGAGGACGAUGCCCCAUACAUCUUGAAAGAGGCUGGCAUAGACCACCUGGUGUCUUACCCCACCAUCCCCCCGGGCAUCACCGCGUAUAACAGAACCAAAGUCGAGCACUACUUUCUGGGCAUCAGCAAACGAGACAUCCGGCGCCUCUAUGCGCGUUUUGAAGGGGACUUUAAACUCUUUGGGUAUCAGAAGCCAGAUUUUUUGCUAAACUAAUGUGUAGGACU